AUGGAGUCGCUACGGCGGCAGCUGGCCGAGACCCAGGGUGCCCUCACCGAGCGCGACAAAAAGUUCCGGCAAUUGAGCGUCGAGCAUAGAGAGGCUCUGCAGACGUGGGAGCUGGAGAGGGAGGCAUACGAGACCCGAGUCCGACAGCUCGAGGCGGAGAACCAGCGCCUUCGUCGCACACCCCCGAAUGCGAAGGCGAAUGCCGGCGGCGACACGAGACAACCCCGACCGCCAACCCGCCCGCAGACCCAGAGUGGAGCCAGGAGCCCGAGCGAGAGCCCGACGCGCAGGGCCAAAGAGAGAAAGGAGGUCCGCAGCGGAGGAUCUACACCCAUAGCAGCAGCAGGCAACGAGACGGUAACCAUCACCCGCUCACGCAUGCAAGAGAUCGAUUCGCAGUACCAGCAGGUCACCACCAAGCUGGCCGAGAAGACGAAGCUGUGCGAGGUGCUCCGCACCAAACUACAAGCGAACACCCUGAAGACUGUACCGGCAUUCGAGCUCACCGAUGAACAGGUUAUCACACGCUGGAACCUGCUCAGCGAGCGCAUCCGAAAACUGACCCUAGUGCGCCUCAAUGCCCAGAUCCCGGCCGACCUGGUGUCGGACAAGGCGCGCAAAGAGUUUAAUCAGCUCUCGCCGAACUGGAAGGCGUAUAUCAGCAGGCAAGCGCUGACAUGCUACUUGUUACGCGCGCUCAUCUGGCGGUACCUGAUGCGCUUCUUCGACGUCUUCUGCCGUGCAUGGGGCCGGGACAUCAGCAAUACCGUCGUGGAAGUCUCCGCGCUAUUCACGUCCAAAAUCUCAGAGGAUGAGCACAAGGACUGGCGCAUACACACGGCGGCCCUGAUCGACAAGAUCUACCACAUCAACCCCAGCAUCGUCGACGAGUACACCACGAAUGUCUUCGAGGCCAUCAACCCUUUUGCGGCCGGUACCGACACCGACGGGCUGAAGACAAGCGUUCGCGAGAUCGUGCAGAUGGCGGCGGAGCUCAGCGCGAAGUUUUCGCGGUCGCGGUUCGUGGUCCUCAUGUCGGAUGAGCCGGGAAGCGCCCUGACGCAGGGCUUUCCUUACAAGGAGGCGACUAUGGAGAUGCAAGGGAAGCUGGGCACGCAGGCGAUGGUCGACUUGAUGAUCACGCCGUGCCUGCUGAAAAAGGAAUACGACUACUCCGUUCUUGUGAAAGCGGAUGUGACAUGCUGA